AACUGCCAUAUAAAAUGCUUGUGGUUUUCUACCCUCAUAGGUGUAGAUUUGGAAAAUGGUACUUGUGUUCAUCCUUUAAUUCCUGAUAAAGCGUCUCCUCUCUUACCUGCAAAUCAUGUGACCAACAAAGGAACAGGAUUGGUUCACACAGCCCCAGCUCAUGGUAUGGAAGAUUACAGUGUAGCUGCUCAGCACGGCUUGUCCACGGAUUGUUUAGUGGAUGAAGAUGGCGUUUUCACAGAUGCUGCAGGUCCUAAACUUCAACACAAAGCUGUCCUUGAAGAGGGAACAGAUGUGGUUAUAAAGAUGCUUCAAGCUGCAAAGAAUUUGUUGAAAGAGGAAAAGUUGGUACACAGCUAUCCCUAUGACUGGAGAACUAAGAAACCAGUGGUUAUUCGUGCCAGCAAGCAGUGGUUUAUAAAUAUCGCAGACGUUAAGUCUACAGCCAAGGAAUUGUUAAAAAAGGUGAAGUUUAUUCCUGGAUCAGCACUGAAUUCCAUGCUUGACAUGAUGGAUAGGCGGCCAUAUUGGUGUAUAUCAAGGCAAAGAGUUUGGGGUGUUCCAAUUCCUGUGUUUCAUCAUAAGACAAAAGAUGACUUCUUGAUUAACAGCCAAACCAUUGAGCAUAUUAUCAAACUGGUGGAAGAACACGGCAGUGAUGUCUGGUGGACUCUUCCUCCUGAGCAGCUUCUUCCUGAGGCAGUCUUGGCAAAGGUUGGUGGCCGUGAUGCCUUGGAAUAUGUUCCAGGUCAGGAUAUUUUGGACAUCUGGUUUGACAGUGGGACUUCGUGGGCUCAUGUUCUUCCAGGUUCUGAACAAAGAGCAGAUUUGUAUAUGGAAGGAAAAGACCAGCUGGGGGGUUGGUUUCAGUCUUCCUUGUUAACAAGUGUGGCUGCAAGGAAACAAGCACCUUUUAAGACUGUGGUGGUUCAUGGAUUCACCCUAGGAGAAAAGGGGGAGAAGAUGUCCAAGUCUCUCGGCAAUGUCAUUGACCCUGACGUCGUCAUCAAUGGGGGAAAAGACCAAACCAAAGAGCCUCCCUAUGGAGCCGAUGUCCUUCGCUGGUGGGUGGCUGAGUCCAACGUCUUCACUGAGGUGGCCAUUGGCCCGUCUGCACUUACUGCUGCCAGAGAUGAUAUUAGCAAGCUUAGGAAUACACUGCGCUUCCUUUUGGGAAAUGUGGCUGGUUUUAACCCAGAGACAGAUUCUAUCCCAGUUGGUGACAUGUAUGUCGUCGACCAGUACAUGCUGCACUUGCUGCAGGAUUUGGCAAACAAGAUUAACGAUUCAUACAAGCAAUAUGAUUUUGGAAAAGUUGUUCGACUGUUGAGAGCAUUUUAUACCAGAGAACUCUCUAUUUAUUUCAGCAUAAUCAAAGAUCGGCUUUACUGUGAAAAUGCAGAUGAGCCCAAGCGACGCUCUUGUCAGACUGUGCUAGCUGAGAUUUUGGAUGUAAUCGUUCGUUCUUUUGCUCCCAUUCUUCCUCACCUGGCCGAAGAGGUGUUCCAGCACAUACCUUAUGUCAAAGAGCCCAAGAGUGUGUUCCGUACUGGGUGGAUCCGCACCAGCUCCAUCUGGAAGAAGCCGGGCUUGGAGGAAGCGAUGGAGAGCGCGUGUGCAAUGCGAGACUCCUUCCUCGGAAGCAUCCCUGGCAAGAAUGCAGCUGAGUACGAGGUUAUCAUUGUUAUAGAGCCUGGGCUGCUUUUUGAGAUAAUAGAGAUGCUGCAAGCUGAGGAGACUUCUAGCACCUCUCAGUUGAAUGAACUGAUGAUGGCUUCCCAGACAACACUGCUCUCUCAGGAACCACGAGCACUGCCUGCAGAUGUAAUUGAGCUUAAAGGGACAUUCCUAAUCAACUUAGAAGGUGGUGACAUUCGUGAAGAGUCCUCAUAUAAAGUGAUUGUCAUGCCAACAACCAAAGAAAAGUGCCCUCGUUGUUGGAAGUAUACAGCCCAGUCUUCAGAUACACUCUGUCCCCGGUGCGCAGAGGUUGUUGGAAAGUAGCAGCUUACUGGUGCGACAGCUCUCUGCAAGACC